UCUACACUCUGGCGAAGCUCGAUAUCGUUUCGUAGUUUUCUGCGUAAAAAACCAGAGAACAGAAAAAGAAAAUAAGCCAUUUUAAAGAACCAGUCGGGCUAGGGUUAUGUCAAUCUCUUUCGCUAAGGCUCGAAGAUCUUAAAUUUCUCCAAUUUUCCGUUACGGCUUGGGUGAAUUUUAAUUAGUUAUCUGAAGAUAGAAUCGUUCAAUUCCUAAUUUCAAGGACUGCUCCUGCAAAUUUGUUUGAUGCGGUGGACGCUAUGAACACAGUAUUUCUGAGCUAUUAGUUUCAUUUGAUUGUUCAAGAUGCAUGGUCAAGGAAAUUACACUCAGGUUGGGCAGGGUGCCUAUCUGCCCGCACCUCAUUUUCAACAACGCCCCUUUGCUCCUCCUCCGCCUCCUCCUCCUCCUCCUUUCCAGCAAGGCCAUCAUGUUUCCAGACCUCUGGGAAUCCAACGAGGAACAACGCCUUUUCCGCAUCUACCUAACCUCCCUACAUAUCCUCAUGCCCCUCCUGGACCCCCAAAUCAAGGUCCACAUAUGCCUGUUCCAUUAAAUACAGUGAAUUCUGGUCAAUCGUACUUCACUCUUCCCCCUCCCCCACCAGGGGAUGGAAACUCCAAGACGUCACAUUCCUAUCCAACUUCCCAGCAACACUUUCCGUGGAGUCAAAAUGUGCAUCAAACUCAUCAAACGGCACAUCUUCCAGCUCCAGGUGCAUUUCCACCACUUCCUUCGCAUGGACAUAUGGUGGACAGAGGUCCAGACAAUCAACCUCCACCUCAAUAUGCUCUGCCACCACCACCACCACUGCCCCUACCUCAGCAUCCUCGCAUGCCAUCCAUGAGGCCGUUGCCACCACCACCUCCUCCCCCUCCAACUUCUCCUCCAGGAGUUCCGCCCCUUCCUCCAUCUUUGCCACCCACUGUAAAUGUUUCGCAGAAUGAUGGAAGUGGCAGUUUGAAGGAGGAUUUACAAAAUGAGGAUAAUUUGAUCAAUGAAUGUCCACUGAAGGUUGUGGAAGUUAAACAGAAUGAAGUUUUGUGUCAGCCAAUUGACAAGGAUAGUCCCGAAGCAGAAAAAAUGAAUGCUUUUGUUGCUUAUUCAUUAUCUGAUUCUGAUAUGGAUAUGGAAGAUGAUAUCACUCAGCCUGAUGAACAGCUAAAGAACUACUCAUCGAAUAUUUUGAAUUGUGAAUCUUCUUCAUUAACUAAUGAAGUUGAUGCAAAAGAGCGAUUACAAUUGACACAGCACACUGGAGGAGAUAGAUACAGUACUACAGAUGGAAACUUAUGCUGCUCUGGAUCAUCAGUAUCAAAGGAGCAAAAAAUCGGAUCUGGAAUCUUAUCAGAUCACGAUCUCUCCAUUACUAGGAAGUCUUCUGGAGUUGUUGAUUCAGGCAUGUCCCCAGAUCGAGAUGCUGAAUGUCCCCUGGAUGUCAAUAUAAAGAAAUCUUCUUUGUCCCCUGCAAACUUCGGCCAACCCAUUGCCCCAGUGGCUUCAGCAGAAGGUGGUUCUGAGAAGCUUACAGGUCAGAUCACUGGAGGUGCCAGUCCUUUUAAACUUUUACAGGGCUAUGCUUCUGAUGAUAGUGCGGAAAAUGAGGACGAAAAUCACAAUGGAAAUGCUAUCCCUGUAGCAACCUCUCCAUCUGUCAAUGUUGAAUUUACUAGUUCUGAUAUUGAUAAGGGGUGUAAUUUUGGGUCUAAGAUCAGUCCCCAUAGUCUCCCAGACGCUGAUACUACACCUUUUGCUACUGGAAAAGCUAAGGGAUCUACCGAUAGAAGUCAUGGAAAUCAAAAAUCUGUUAAGGAUGGUUAUUCUGGCGAGAUUCUCCAAUCGAAAGAUUCUUCGACCAAUUUUAACAUUGACGCUGGUCUUGAGAGAGGUAGUCCACAGAAGGCUGAUCCAAAGAGUGUUGCAACUAAAUUGAAUGUAGAUGAGUUUGGAAGAUUGGUCAGAGAAGGGGAUACUGACAGUGACACUAGUGAUUCGCCACAUUAUACUCGGAGACAUUCAAGAAGAGGCAGAAACCGAAGCAGAAGUCACUCGCCUAAUGAUAGGAGGAGGAGAAGUCCAAGGAGAAGAAUUGAGCGGCGCGACCGAUCUCGCAGCUUGUCUCCGAAGAGACGGAGAAGUAGGAGUAGAUCACCUGGUCUAAGACGUGGCAAUGAUCUUGGCGGAUACAAAUCGAGACGAGAGAAGGGUCAAUUUCCAGAAUGCUUUGACUUCCUUCGAGGCAAGUGUUAUCGUGGAGCUUCCUGUCGGUAUUCACACCACGAGCCUGACAAGGGCGAUAGAUUCAGAUAUAAUAGGGGCAAAUUGAAGAAUCAAGAUUAUCCGCCUACUUCAAAGAAUUCUGAUUUUGUUGAAGAGAUUAGAACCUCUUCAGAAAAAUCAGUCGAUGAGCACAAAGAAAUGAAGGGUAAAGGGAUGAAACUUUUUCAAGAUAUGCCUGGUUUACAAGAAGGGGAAGUUGUAGAAGAACCGCUAGUUGAUCCUACCAACCAUGUUACUGACAUAAACUAUGUGGUACCUCCUCCACAUUUAGUGACUGAUGCUUCAGCCCAAAAUCUAUCUGGUCACUCUGCUCGUGACAUGCCUUCCGGCAAUGAAAAUUCUUCGAUUCGACAUUCUGUGGGACACGAUCUUGAUAAGGGCCUUCAAACUACUGAUCAACAUCAUCAGCAAAUGGGCAAUACUUUAAACUCUGAAUCUUCUUCAGGUUCAAGACAACCUGACAAACAGGAUUCUAGGAAUGAGUUACACUCUGUUGGAAGUCCAAUGACUAAAGCAUAUUCAACUGAAGAGGUUCUAUCUCAAUCUCUGGACUGCAAGGAAUUGUAUCCACCUACUGUUCAUCAUCCUUCUCAAUUACCACCUCCCUUGCCCUCAGUCUCCCAGGUUACAAGUGCCUCAUCUGCUCAACAGAUUCCCCGAGAUUCCAACUUGAUGCCACCUAUUGCAGAGUUUCAUUCAAAGCAUGAUAAUUAUCCUUCUUAUCAAGCUCCCAUCCCUCACCAACAUUUACAUUUCUCUUUACCAUCAAAUUCCUCCUCAAGCUCACUUCUUGUGCCCCCACAUAUGCCAUUUGUCAAUGAUUCAACAAUAGGAGAAGUUGGGGCUCCUUCACAUCAAAUUCAACAGUCUCUACUUCCUCAAAGGAAUGAUUUUUCUGGCCAUACAUCUAUGAGACCCUACCCAACUGAAUUAACCAGUUCUCAGAUUGGUCAGCAUCAGACACACUCUUCAGUGCUGGAACCGGAUAAAGUGUCACAUCACACUGAUGACUUCAGAUCAAGGAAUUUGCACGUAAGUAAUCUAAUGAAUCAGGCACGUGGAGGUCCCAAUGCCAUGAGAGAAGAUCGCUUUACUGGACAUCCAGUACAGGGUGUAUAUCCCAUAAAUCCCUUUGCUCAACCUAUUCCCUUCUCAAUGCAGUCACCAUCAAAGGGAAUGCAAGCUUUCCAUGGUGAAAAUCUGCCUCCAAAAUUUACUUCUGAUAGUCGUGCUUUCUUGCAACACCGCUCCUAUGGACUGCAAUACCCUGCUGCCGAUGGUGCCUCUGGACAGCUUGGUGAACCUGGUGGGAAGUUUAUAUCUUCCACAUCAACAGUAUCACCAGAUUUUCUUGAGGGGAAUCAGCCUUCUUCUGCGUCCAACUUUGUAGGAUCUAGAAUUCCAAGACCUUUCAUCCCAUGCACAUCGACUUUUGACCAGCCACUGGGCUCCAAGUUCAGUUCGAAUCUUUUGUAUCAAGAACAAGACCAAUAUGGCGCGCCAUUCGGAAAUCUUAGCUCAAGAAAUAUGUUUUCCACAGAGUCUUUUUCUGCCCAGGCAACUCCAGGUAUUUUACCUAGGCCAGGUGGUGAUCAGUAUGAUCCACUGUUUGACAGCAUUGAACCAUCUUCAAACUCAAUAAAAAAAGCUGAUCAUCUUCAGAAACAUGAAACAACUGUUGCUUCCAACAUUUUGCCGACUUUUAGCGGAUCUAGUAAGGCAUUGGAUGUGGAAGAGAGCAAUAAGAAGAUAGGGGUUGAAGCAGUCUCUGUUGAUGCAUCAGUAGAAAAUGAUGAAUUCGGGGAGACAGCAGAUGCAGAGGUGGGGGCAGUUGAAAAUGGAAGUCCAAGCAAUUCAAAUGAUGCAGCAGAAAUGACUGCUGGAGAAAUGGAGAUUGAUCAGAUUAAGACAUCUGGGAAAAAGAAGGGGAAGGAUUCAAGAUCAAUGAAACUUUUCAAGAUUUCCAUUGCCAAUUUUGUGAAGGAGGUUUUAAAGCCAUCAUGGCGCCAGGGUAAUAUGAGCAAGGAGGCGUUUAAGACUAUUGUCAAGAAAACAGUUGAUAAAGUGUCAGGAGCUAUGAAGAGCCACCGAAUACCAAAGUCCCAGGCAAAAAUAAACCACUACAUUGACUCGUCGCAAGGAAAAUUGACAAAGCUUGUGAUGGGAUACGUGGAUAAAUAUGUUAAGGUGUGAAAAAUGCAUUUUGAGCCAUGGACUCUGCUGGAAAAGACUGAAGAUGUAAGCACUCUUACAAACACACUACCUUGAGGUUUAAAAUGAAUUUGUGGAGAGGAAAUUACACACCAGAGUGCUUUAUCAAUAAUCUCAGUUGCCUAUGUAAAGUAUGGAACUAUCGUUAUAUGAAUGUAAGUUGAAUAAACUUUUUGAGUUGGCAUCAUAACUAUGUAUGUAAUGCAGUUCUUCUGAGGUUUUUUUUGAUAUGUAUUUCAUUUUUCUUCCUUCGGUUUUCUGCGUGCGGGAAUGAAAUGUUGUGGUUGCUAAAGAUCUAAUUGUUGUGAAUCA